AUGGAUGUCUACUCCUUAACUCGUAAAAAACGACCUUCUCAGCUAACCCUUGCACAACCGCCCUCUCGUAACAACGCACCAUCCGACAAUGAUUCAGCACUGGACAUUGCUUCAACAAGUCUUAAUAAACCUAUAGUUUUUGAAGAAGUAACAGGUUCUCCCUCCCGAGAUCACUGGAAGAAAGACUCAGAAGCAAAUGCUUGUUGCUAUAUAGGUUGUCCUACAACAUUUGGUUUGUUUGAAAGAAGACAUCACUGCAGAAAAUGUGGUGACAUAUUCUGUUCAGUGCAUUGCUCGAAUUACUUUAGACUGGACCAAUUAUCGCAGUACCAUCCUCGAGGUAUCUUGUCAAGAGGCUGUGAUGCUUGUGCAGAUGAUUACAUUCAGUGGCAAGAAGAGCUGCGGCAGCCAAGUAGAAUGAGAAGAAAAAGCGCAACUAUUGCAGCAAAUAACCAAUCAAACUUGAAGAAAAGACAUGCUGGUAUCAUGACUCAACAACCUCAAGCAAUGGAAGGUAUAACUGAACUUGGAAGAGAUGAUAUUGUUGUACCGUCUUCAAAGCCCACAAUGUCUAGGGGCUUAAAUAUAAAUAAGCCUAAUGGUAAGAAGGAUCAAGUGUUUAAUCCUAUCCCUUCAGUACCAGCUGAUUGGCAAUGGUCUACAUUUUAA